ACCGCCUAGAAGUCUUGAAUUAGAGAGUUUAUAUAAAGUAACGAAACCAUUAAAAUUCGAUUGCAAUUUUAGUUGAAGCCACAAAGAAGCAAGAUGAAAACAAAAAUAUUUGUGGUUUUGGCAAUCACAACUUUUACACAAUCCAGUUCAUCACCCGAUGCAGUAGAUGACUUCAAUAGAAUAUCAUCGAGUUUGUCUCAAAAGAGUUCUGAAAUAAAGAUCACUGAAGAGAAACGAACGAACAAAGAUUCAGAGGCAUCGGCGUUUUCGUCACAAUUCGCACAUCAAGGACAUAACCUUUUUUUUCAGCCACAGAUCUUAAUAGGACCUGGUAUUAAUACUCCGUUUCUUUCGCGUAAAAUAGAAGAUAAAAAUGAACGUAAGGAAGAAGUUGACAUACUUAAUAAUAAAAUUGAAUCAAAGAACAAUAAAAAAUUCAGCAAAAAUGUGACAAACGUACUGCUAGACAUCCCUGAACCGCCUGUUUUGCCACCACUAAUAAUGCCAGCCCUUCCGACAGCAGUCAUUGUUCAAGAAUCAGUCGUUAUUCCGCCACACAAAGAACCAGCACCUAUCAAAGAAAUUAUAAUUGAACAAGAUACUAUGGUGAUACCUGAACCAUCAGCAUUUAUACCUCUGGAGCCACCAAGCGUUCCCGUAGAAGUCCUAUUGCCGAAGCCACUUCCUCAUGUACCAACUUGUUUGAUUGAUAGUAUAAAGUACGGUAUAACUGUUCCAUGUCCACCUACUAUAGCAGUCUCGCCGCCAAUCAUUGAAAAAGUAAUGCUAGAAGAAACUUCAAUAGUCCCUGAACGUUCUCCAAUAUUGAAGUUACGUCUGCCAAAAAUACCGCUUGGAAUAGUAUACAAUAAACCCGUUAAAACGAUAAUGCCAUAUCCAGAAGGUUUUAUUAGUACGACUCGAUUUCUGCCUUCGCUUAAAGUAUCGAAAAUCCCAUUAGAAAAGUAUUAUCACCAAAAGCUACUGAUCCCUAGGAGACCUUUAUCAGAGGUAGCUGUUGAAAAAAUACGUAGAAAAAAGGUUAGAGUAAUGGAGAAAGUGGAAGAGUUUCCUUCCUUUUCAGCAUUUUGUGCUCAUAACAUUGCCUUAGAACGCGUAUUACCAAAUAUUGUAGUAGGCGAAGAAACUAUUCAUGUAGAACCUCUGCCGCGUAUACUGGAAAUUCCAAUAAGAUCAGUUUAUUAA